AUGCUGAAAGGCAGACUUUGGAAUCUGACUGCCUGGCUGGAGCCAGAAGUGAAGUCCAUACCCCUGACCCCCGUUGAGAUCCAGGACCUGGAGCUAGCCACUGGCUAUCGGGUGUACGGCCGCUGCCGAAUGGAGAACGAAGAGGGUCUGUGGGGCCACCGGAGCCCCGUUCUGUCCUUCCAGACGCCGCCCUCUGCUCCAAAAGACGUAUGGAUAUCGGGGAAUGUCUGCGGGACAGCGGGCACACAGGAAGCCCUGCUUCUGUGGAAGGUGAGCUGGGAGGGGGCGCCAACUCUGUCUUUGUCCCUCCACCCACCAGGGGAGUUUGAAGGAGGGGUCCCCUACCGAAUCACAGUGACAGCAGUCUCUCCUUGCGGCUUGGCCCCUGCCCCCUCAGUCUGGAGGUUCACAGAGGAACUAGUGCCCUUAGCAGGACCAACACUUUGGCGACUCCAGGACACCCCGCCAGGAACCCCCGCCAUAGCAUGGGGAGAGGUCCCAAGGCGCCAACUUCGGGGCCAUCUCACCCACUACACCUUGUGCGCACAGAGUGGGACCGGGCCUUCUGUCUGCAUGAAUGUGAGUGGCAGCGCCCGGAACAUCACCCUGCCUGACCUUCCCUGGGGUCCUUGUGAGCUGUGGAUGACCGCAUCCACCAUCGCAGGACAGGGCCCACCCGGUCCCAGCCUCCGGCUUCACCUACCAGAUAACACCCUGAAGUGGAAAGUUCUGCCAGGUGUCUUUCUCCUGUGGGGCUUGCUCCUGAUGGGCUGUGGUAUGAGCCUAGCCACCUCUGGAAGGUGCCUCCACCUUCGGCACAAGGUACUGCCCCGCUGGGUCUGGGAGAAGGUUCCUGAUCCUGCCAAUAGCAAUUCUGGCCAGCCUCACAUGGAGGAGAUGCCUCAGGCUCAGCCCCUCGGGGACUUCCCCAUCCUGAAAGUGGAGGAGAUGGAACCACUCCCGGUUGCGGAGCCCCCCCAGGCCUCCACCCGGCUGGACUCUGGGUAUGAGAAGCACUUCCUGCCCACCCCUGAGGAGCUAGGCCUUCUGGGCCCGCCCAGGCCCCAAGUUCUGGCCUGA